AUGAUAUUGCAACAUUGUAAAUCAUUAAGGCAAAAAUUCAUCCAAACAAUCCAUUUCAGAUAUUUUAAUUAUAAUUCAAAUAAAAAAUUAAUACAUGAUAUUCAAAUAUCUAGAACAGGAAAAACUCUAAUAAAAAAAGGAACAGAAGGCCGAUCAUCAAUUAGCGGACAUAUUGCUACAAUUUUUGGGGCUACUGGCUUUCUUGGAAGAUAUCUUGUAAAUAAUUUAGCAAAACAGGGAACAACUAUAAUAAUACCAUGGAGAGAUCAAGAUUCUAAAAGACACCUUAAGGUUUUAGGUGAUCUCGGACAAAUUGUUAUGAUGGAGUUCGAUUUACGAGAUGAAAUAUCUAUUAAAGAAUCAGUACGGCAUUCUAAUAUUGUAUAUAAUCUUAUAGGGAGGGACUAUGAGACAAAGAAUUUCUCUUAUGAAGAUGUUCAUAUUCAUGGAGCUGCAAAAAUUGCAAAAGCAUGUGUUGAAUACAAUAUAGAUCGCCUAAUACAUAUAUCGACUCUUAACGCAAACAUAAAAUCACCAUCGAAUUUCUAUAAAACAAAAGCUCUCGGAGAAGAAACUGUACGUAAUAUAUUUCCUGAAGUAACUAUAGUUCGUCCGUCAAUAAUGUUUGGUGCUGAAGACCGUUUUUUAAAUUACCUAGCAAGUACGAAAAUUUUAUUAACCACGAAUAAUAACCGUGAGUUAAUUCGACCUACUUAUGUAAAAGAUGUUGCUCAUGCUCUUGAAUUGAUAAUGUUUGAUGAAUCUACUGCAGGUCAAAUUUACGAAUUAUAUGGACCACAAGAAUAUUCUGUUGCAGAAAUCAUAACUAUGAUUACUCAUAUUACACAUUGUCGACAAUGGCAUCUUAAUGUCUCCAAGUCUAUUUUUUCAAUUAUUGCAUCUGCUUUAAACUUGCUUUGGUGGCCAACUAUAAGCCCCGACCAAGCUCAAACACAAUGCAUUGAUUAUAAAAUUACAAAUAAUACAAAAACUUAUACACAUUUAGGAAUAAAACCUCAACAUUUAGACAAACUUGCAUUCAAAUACCUACGAAUGUAUCAAUUUUCUAACAAUACGUACAUAUAA